AUGAGCGUCACAGUGCUUUGCCCAAAUGCUAGGAGAUGCCCUGUAAAAGUGACUCCUGGUACGCUUUUGAAACAGGUGUUGGAAGAAGCAUGCUUGAAACACGGAUUCGAUGUGGAAGCAUAUCAACUUGUUGGUCAGAAGGGUCGAGUGGAUCUUUCACUGCCAUUCAGGCUUAGCGGACUACCAAAUAAUGCAACUCUUGAAAUGGUCCCAUCUUCCUCAAUCACUUCAGAAGCGGUAGCUACAAUUGCCUUGGAGGUUCCAGAACGCACAAGAAUGGAACUUAAAUUUCCAGCGACUGCAUCUCUGUUAUUGAUAUUGGAGAGGUUUUCCCCGCUCUAUGGAGAAGAUCUGACAAGGUUACAAAAUGACUUUGUUCCAUGUUGUAUUUACAUGAAUCGGCAGUACAUAGGCCAAAAAGAACUGGAACGAACUACACUUUCUUCCAUCGGUAUCACAUCUGGGCGGUACUUGAUCAGAUACCAGCGUCUACCUCUUACAGAGGAGCUAAAAGCGAAGAUCAGUAUAAGACUGGCUGACGAUACUGCGAGAAAAGACGCACUGCUUCUGACUUACAGCCAGAAAAUUGCAGAAAACGAGAAUAGAGCGACGUUUGAAUAUAGUGGCGCCCCGCAAUUCAAGAAAGAUCUAAGAUUUCAAUCCGAGAGCGAAGAAAGAGAGCCGAGAGCCACUAAGGAAAUUCCUCAGACGCAGAAUGUAGCGACAAGGUCUUUCGAUGCUCCUUCGUUCUCUUUGCCGAAUCAGCGGGUUGACGGUGGUGGUCAGCCCAGUUUGAGCCGACAUCCUCAACAGGGCUCUUCGACGACUGCACUGCUAACCAAUCCACUUGUUGUUCCAUCUGAUCGUCAGACAGUGAUAUUUCGUCGGCAGUCUUCUACGGAAUCUAGUGCACUUGAGUCAGAAUUAAGUGAUGAAUUCUUCGAGAUCGGAUUAGAUGACUUAAAAAGUCUACAAAAAGAACUACACGAAGAAGUCCAAGUACACACCCAACGAGCACUUCUUCCAAAGAAAUACGUCAUCGAAAAAAAUCGGGAGAACAAAUUGAAAGCUUACUGCCAUACAGUUAUUCGAGUUCCUGUCGGAACAGAGCAAAUAAUCCAAGCGCAGUUCCUUAGCGCAGAGCCAGUUUCGCACCUCUAUGACUGGGUUCGCAGUAUUUCGUCACGGAAUGUUGUCUGCUCGCUCCACCUCGCCCCUAAUGAAAAGAUUGAGGAAUCAGAGUCAAAGAAUUUUGUUGAUGUAGGGAUAGCACCAAAAUCCACCGUAUUUGUAAAGUGUAAAGGCAGUAACACUAAUUUUGAAUCCUUGAUUUGUAGCGACCUGAUGAAGUGCACUAAGGAAGAGGCGGACAAAUUGAGUGCCGAUUGGUUAUCUCAUAAUUCGAAGUUCGUUCCGUUUUUGGGAGUACUUGCUGAAAACGAUCGCAAUGGGAAAAGACCUGCGAGCAGUUUGAAUCCCAUGUCCCCUGAACCUGCACAUCCACCACAGAAGACAGGCACAGCCCCGAAAUGGUUUAAGAAAAAAUGA